AUGUUCGAGACACUCGUGACGGGGCUCUUGACCAGCGCGCUGGGCAGCUACAUCGAUCCCAAGUGCUUUAGCAGUGACAAGAUAAAUGUGGCCGUCUGGUCGGGCUACGUGGUGCUCACAGAGCUGGAGGUGAAGCCCGAGGUGGUGGCAGGGCUGCCGGCCGUCAAGCUCGUGCGCGGUCUCGUGGGCUCUAUUGAGCUCAAGAUCCCGUGGAAUCGACUGCAGUCCGACUCGGUCGUGGCGACAGUGGAUGAUGUGUACCUUUUGCUACGGACAGAAGAGGACGUGGACGCCGUCAUGCGCCAGAUGGACGAGUUUACGCUCAAGAAGAAGCUGUUGGAGGAACUCUAUGCUCAAGCAAAGCAACAAGAGGACGCUGCAACACAGACGACGAGUAGCGAGGACGGAUUCGCAGCCCGAUUGGUCAAUAAGAUUAUCGACAACGUGGAGUUGCACAUUCGGCGGAUUCACAUUCGACUCGAAGAUUACAGUACAGGGGACCAUCCGUUUUCGGUGGGAAUGACGAUCGAGUCGGUGCACGUACAGUCCACGAACUCAAACUGGCAGCCAUCGUACGUCGAUACGUCCAUAAGCCACGAGCCUCGAAUUUACAAGAUCUUGGAACUGAAUCAUCUCAGCGUGUACUGCGAUCCGGAGGGUGAGCUGCAGCGUGGCAGCAACAUAAACUUCGAGACGUGCUCAGCAGAGACUUUUUCCAGCGCGUUUAGUCGCGCCAUUCCAAAGCGUUUUGACGACAGACGUUUUCAUCAUAUGCAGCUAUACCCGUCGCCGCAACAACACCACUUUUUACUCAAGCCGGUCGAUGCUAGUGCGAGACUGAUUGUCAAUCGCGACGUGUUUGACGCAAGUGUGCCAAAAUUUGAAAUUGAUGUAAAGGUGCCCGAGGUAGCGUUUCGACUGGAGGAGUCGCAGUACUGCGAUAUGCUGUAUCUGAUAUCGGCACUGCAAGCUCCGGACUACUACAUGAAGUAUCGGCGAUACCGUGAGUCGAGACCGCAAAUGGCUGUGCUUGAUGAGCCAGCAGAAUGGUGGAAAUAUGCGAUCACGUCAGUCAUCAAGGACGUGAAAACAAAAAAACAGCAAUGGGCUUGGGGCUUUAUGAAAGAUCGACGUGAGGAUCGCAAACGUUACGUGAGCUUGUGGCAGCAAAAAUCGCGACGUUUAUUGGAGCUAGCAGAUGUAGACUACGAAGAUUUUGACAGCGAAUACGAUGAGGACGAAAAAGAGGGCAUCAUGGAGAAUGCUGACCACGCGGGACAGAACACGUCGUCGCUAGACUUGUCUGACACGCCAAUUUCUCCGCCUCUCGACAUGAAUCUCGGGCUUGAAGAAAUAGAGAGACGCAGGAGUGUAGAGGAUGUGUUGUUUUUCCGCUAUUUGGCCGAUCUCGAGGUUCGGAAAAUUCUAGCUACACGAGCUUCUCCUGUUCGACGUCGGCUGCCCACGCCCCCAACCCGCGGAACUAAGGCAUAUUCGGACACUGAAUCAGUCGAUACAGAAUGCACUGAGUCUAGUGUACCGUCUGAGGUGCAGUAUCGAUCUUGGGGUGCGUGGAUGUUUGGCUGGACGUCAAAGCUCGCGACACCGUCUUCGGGUGAGGAAUCAGCUCGAGCCGCUCACCGCAUAAUUCCUGAAGUCGAGCUCCGGGAACUCUUCAAGAUACUUGAAGAACCUUGUCGGCGGUCAAAAAAGCGAACGUAUAAAAAUCGUGACGCUCGCGGACAAUGUGAUGUCUCUCUCGGUGAGUCUCAAACGGAACUCGCCGAAGUAUAUCGAAUAACGGUGACGUUGCAAUGGGGAUCGGUUACACUAGCUAGUGAUCCGGAAAUGAGCCAGACGUUACUUCGAGAUGAUGUGAGCUAUGGGCAAAAGUACGCGCCGACAGAUUUUCUUCUUGGUACUUUUUCGCAGCUCCAAAUAGCUGCCGUGGCGAGAUGUGAAACAGUGGUAGUGGACAUUUCAUUGCAGUCCAUUGAAGCGUUUGAUGAAAGCGCUGAAAGCUCAGCGUUUUCUCGCCUUCUCAGUCGAAAGCAAAACAUUCGAUCUGUUGGUGAUGGAGACGAUGUGAACGUUAGCAAGUUAUCCGGUGUCGUGUUUUUGAUGAGUUACGAGAUGAACCCUGUUAGAUCUGGUGCGGAUGCUUCCUUGUUUGUUCAUAUGGAGCCACUGGAAGUUGUAUUGUCACCUACAGCACAAUGCUGGGGUAGAUUGGCACGUUUUAUGGAUACUCCUGCUGAUUUGGGGUUGUGGGAGGAGCUAGAAGUUGCUUCUUUUAACGACAUCGUCAAUUUAAAAAUGCGGACGGAAGCCAAGCUUGGCUAUGUGAUGGAAAAUCGUAUCGCACUGGCCGUUGAUCUCCGUAUCCAAGCACCAGUAAUUAUCAUUCCUCAGAGUGACACUGACUACAACUGUGCGCGACUUGUGAUUGAUCUUGGACGCAUUACUUUUCGAACUGAGCGUCUCAGCCAGAUGGAUAGUGAAAGUAUGAGCACACAUUCAAGAAGCGAUUUGUCUCGGGGUAGAUCGGAACAAGGGACGCUCGCACUACGAAGCCCAUCUCAUUACCAAGCUGCGCAGCCAAACACAUCUUUUGUUCAGCAGUUGUAUGAUGAAGCCGAGAGGGGAGAGGGAGCGAUUCGCUGGAAAGAGGAUUUUUACGACAAGUUUAGCCUCUCUGUCGCGAACAUACACGUGCUCUUAGUUCCUUAUGGAAAGACAACCCAGGUUCAAGACACCAGUGCUGGAUAUAAUGGUAUAAACGUCCCUCUCCCACCAUACCUCACGGAUACGUAUAGCGAAGAGUAUGAGCUGAUUGAACGUCUUAACAUCAACGUGAUCGUUCGCAUGUCCAUUUUGCCACUCGACGCUACGUUGACACGAUUUUACAUCCACGCCGACCUCCCAGCAUUUACGGUCAAGUUGUCGCUGGAGAAGUAUCACCACUUGAUGGCAAUGGGGGACCGUUUUAACUUGGCGGAUGCUGAGACACGAAGGAAACCGCGCAAAUACUCGGAUGAUGGACUGCAUUUGACAGAGGACGUGUUUGGAAGCUAUGCUGUGGACGUAGCUGAAUCAGGUGACAGAAGCGAUGCUUUGACGACGGAAAGUGUGCGCAGUGCAUCGGCAUUCAAGAAACUAGUGCUUGAUAGCGGUGGUACUUCAGCAUCGGAAACGGGUGUGCUCCCAGAUAAUCUUGGCGACUUCGGCGACAAUUCGAGUGUUGAAAGUGAUGACACGUGGUUUAGUUUCACCAGUGGCAACAUGGGUACGACGAGUGCGUCAUCAGUGAGCGGGGAUGCUGGUGAGCGGAAGCAGAGUUUUCCUGUUACUGAUUCUUCGGAUACAGUUGAGGUAGAUGACAAGAAGAAUGUCAACGGGUCCCCACGAGUUCAAAGACGAGCACGAACGAGACGGCGGUCGUAUGCUGGUGGCGAAACCGCGAAUCUCCUGGAUCGGAGAUUAGUGGUUUGCUCUUUUACGGUACCCCUUAUAUCGGUGCAGCUAAAGAAGCCUCGCUCCUCUGCCAUAUCUUCCUAUGCUUCAUACUGCUACGACGUGGGUGAUUUCGAUGAUGGCCAUGUGGACAGUGGUACCAUAUUGAUGAAGCUGCACGAUUUUCGAGUCCGGGUAGGGCAGCGAACAAUGUCGACUCGAGUGAACGUGGGUCUCACUUCUUUUGAAGUCGUAGAGUCUAUUGACGGUCGGUCAACGCAGUAUUUGCUGUUCUCGAGUCCAACAAUUGCGGCUCCGUUCUCGGCCGCAGCUCCGUUACGCCGUGGCGGAAACUUUUCUGAAUUCUCUGCCCAACAUCGACGACGCAAUCUAAAACGGGAACGAGUGAUUUCUUUUCACAAUAGUAGUGCGAAAAACAAAGACGCAUCGCGGUCAGAGACCUUCGCAUCACCAGAAACAUUGCUGGAGCUUGGCUUUAGUACCUACAAUGAUCAGCAAAGUGGUGAGGAGGUGUUGAGAGAGGUAGACCUUCAACUUGGCUCGGUGCAGCUAAACUUUGAUCAGUCAUAUGUCUGCUCGUUGUUUCAACUGUUUGACGAUCCAGCUACUCGACUUGCCAUGGUGCAUGUUCCUCCGCGUGGUGAUACUGGCAGCAUUGAUGGUACGGAAAUCAAUACAGACGGUUGCUUACUUCCGCCUCUUGAGCUUUCACCCACUAUUGCGCAGGAAUAUUCGGUACCAGUAAAUCUUACAGAGUCUGUUCGGGCGGAUUUGGAGCAAGCAAGGAAAACGCUAUGCCAAGAAGGACGUGAUGCGAAAAAGACAGCUAUGGAUAGAGAGAGUGAACAUGUCCCUGUGGCGCUGAAGCUGAGUGUGCAAUUACACUCGAUUUCUGUCUGUUUCUCGGAUCGUGGCGAGUCAGUAGCAUCCAUUGCAGUUCUUGACACUGCUGUGCAGGUGGGGACAGGAGUAAAAGACCACAUAAGUAUAUCUGGUACAGUGGGUGAUGUGAAGGUAUUCGACUUGCUUUCAAUGAAACGCCAAGAAGAUGGAACUGCCGUCGGUAAUCCUGAGCACGGGUUCGGAUCCUCGGCUAUGGAUCAUGUUGAGAUCUUUGGCUUAGACACAACAGCUGCGUGUGCGGCUAACGAAACUCGGCACAUAUUGAGCAUCAAGUGCUUGAUCUGUACCGAAAUGAAAGGAAAGUCAAAGGCCAUCGCGAACAAUGAUGAGCAAGUACACAGAAAGGAUAAGGAGUCAAGUCUUGAAGUGACAGUGCAGCCUGUUCGUCUGCUUGCUCGGCCAGAGUUCGUCGAGAGUUUGUCGAAUUAUGUCGUAGACGGAUGUCUUUUAGCCCACGUUCACUCCGACAGCGUACAUUCGAGCGAAGACUCGUUCACCUCGGAAUUCCAGCUAGCUCCACGAUCGCCUCCGGAUGUAGACUGUCCACCGAGUAGUUUGACUCCAUUUUUCGAUGCAAUCGAGACAUCAAACAGGCAAACUAGGCAAUUUAGUGCUGAAACGCCAAACAUUCUUACUCCCACGCACGAAGAUCAUGGAGACUAUCGCACUUCCAAUCAAGGACAGCAAAGCAACCACGGCAAUCGUUUUGAUGCGGAAAACGAUGCAGCCGCCAUCCUCGCGUAUAUCUACGACAGUUUUGAUCUAGAUAUCCAGCUAUGCCAUCCAUGUGUUGUUUUACCAACAGCUUCGUUUAACGACACGCAAGCGUCACUGGGGCCGCAUCUGUACCGAGGGAUUGAAGUCGACUUUGGUACAAUAUCAAUCGCGUUGCAGCGAGACGUUUCUGAUGGUGUGCUGGACAGGUCUGGAUGCACACGGUUGCAAGCUAGCAUGACCGUUGACGGCUUGCAGGUCAUUUCCCAGCCGGAUCGAGCUGUCAUCCUGAACCGAUCAGGCUUCCAGGUGCGAGGAAGUAUUCCCAGGCAACCGACGGACCUGGGCACCGGAAACGAUGACAAAGAAAGCGCUUCGAUAGAGAUUGCUAUUGAUGUGAACGUUUCUCCUGUGCGUGUGAACGUCAGUGAAGCAUGCAUUUGUUUGGGCUUGGAUGUAUUCUACGCAGCCAUCGAUCCGAUUUCGCGUACAGUCCGACGAGUGGUAUACCGCAUCGAAAAUUAUGAGAGUGCGUCAGUUAUAUCUGGUGGGCAAGAUGGACACGACGGCGGCUUCAGAUACGUCGUUCCUGGGCCGAAUCUUGAUAUGGUGAGGGAAUGGCACUUUUUAUUCCACGUCUUCUUGCAGGAGUUUACGAUCGCGCUCGUUUCGAACUCCGUGGCUCCACACCAGCUUGAAAUGUGGAUGAAAGGUGUCGACAACGCUUUUGAUGAAGCAUCGUCGCGAGAAAGCUGUGAUGGGGCUUCGUCCGCAACUCAGUGGCAACCUCGUCCUGAGAACAUCACGGGACGACGAAUAAAUUCUGCGAACGAGAUUUCGUCUUGCGUUGUUAGUGAGUUCACCUUGAUGAUGUUGGAGGCAAAUGUGGCUGUGAAUACGAAGAGUGCUCGAUCGAGCGAUAGCCAGCUGCAAUGUGAGUUUAUCUUGCAUGAAGUUGUGAUUCGGGACAAAAUUGCGGAUUCUUCGGAACAUUUCACGCAACUACUAGGACCGGUUCCAGAAGCACUUCCGGAGUGCACGGAACCAUAUGUUUCUGACUUAUCUUCCAAAAUUGCUCUAUUUCCGUUUUCGCCUGGAAAAAAGAUACUACCUCCGUUACCACGAGACUCAUCGCCACAUUCGUCAGGACCGGCCGUACCAUCUUCGCAGCUGAGCGGAAGGUUGACAAGCAAAAUUGUCAAUGUGGACGAAUCUGCUAUUAGGGCAAGCUCGCUCUAUCUCGAUGUAUCUUCCGCUCGCCUGAUGCUACUACCACGGACUAUUCUGCAAGUAGAGCAGUUUUCCCUUGAUGUGUAUUUGGCGGUUAGCAUGAAGACGGGUGAGCUGGAGCUUCAGCGAGAUAAGUCAAUGGCCGCCAAAUCUCGUGGAGUGAAGGACUCCUCGUUUGUUGAUGCAGGGACUAGUCUCAGCAACAAUACACCUUCUUCUUUCCGACCACGAAACGAUAGUAAAUCCGAGCCAUUCGAAGACGCUCAUAGUGCAGUUCGAUCGGCAUUCGCGUCUCCGUUACAGCGUAUGCUGGGCUCCACCGGCGCCGCAGAGAGUCGAAAUCCCGGAAGCUUUGCGUCUCGUGCAAUUGCAGAAAAGAGCGGAACCAUGAUGUCGGUCGGUGAUGAUAAUCUCGUAAACAUGACCAAUAUCGGUGUAGCGAGAAAAGUGCUGACGAUGCCUCGGUGGAAGGUUGAUGCUCGCUUCUCGAAUUUGCAAAUGUGGGUGGUCCCGUCUGAUUACAAGAACGACGUGACAGGUUGCGUGUUGUCAUGCCAAGUUGUCGUGAAAUUUGACAGUGCAUCCAGUGGGCCCGAAGAAUCUGCUUCUUCUCGUUGUAAUGAUCUUGUGGCUGCAUCGGUUCGGUUGAAUAACGUGGAAAUGUCGAUGGGCUUGCCGACGGUCAUCGGUACGGAGCGACAAAGGCCAAUGCAUCAUACGGGGACGCUUGUUGAAAAGUUUGAAGUCGACGUCCAAUUUGCGCUGCGCCAGUGCUUUCGACCUGUGCAGGAAGACGAAACUGCUGAUCCCGAAGGCGUUGAUGAAAAGAGCGACGGCAAGAGUGAUACGAGUACGACUGUCGAGGACAAUGUCAAGAGUAACGAUGGAAAAGCCAGACUAGGGCCAUGGUUCAAUAUUCGUUCUAUCAGGAAAGAUGACAACCCAACGCCUCCGCCCACACCCUUUCUUCGCGAUGUACCGUCUGAGUGGCAGGAAUGGGUUGUCAGUGAACCAUUGGUAUGCAUUGAUCAAAUUGUAUCGCAUGUCACCUACCGAGACUUGCCGCUGUUGUUGAACAUUGCUGCAUGGUUGACCAACAUGCUUGCUAUCGAGGAGCGAAUUCGCGAUACGUUUGAUACAAAGCUGAGAGCAGCGACAGAUGGUAUCGACUGGGUAACUUCACCGAGUACCGCAGAACACCAUUCAGAGUAUGUUGAUUACCCUGAAACAGACGGCGAAAGUGAUCAUGCUGAACAAGCUGAACUGUCAGCUCUUCAGCUGGACGUUCUGACACGCGCGUCGAUCAAAGUGCGAGGAGUCCAGUUUCAGCUGAUCAACAACAUUGCAGAUCAGGCUUCACCUGUCGUGGAGUUUGAUCUGAAACCGAUCGAAAUGCUGCUACGCUCAGAGUCAAACUCAACGACAGAGGUUUCGAUAAGCUGUAGGAUCGAAGCGAAGUAUCAGAACUUGCGUCUUGUGACGAUGGAACCACUUAUUGAACCAUGGAGCGCUGAGGUUACGCUGUGCCAACAGCUCUCACGAUCGCGUGAUCUGGACGACAGAGAGCAGCUAGCGUCAUCACCUUGGAAACUGGAUAUCACGUCCGAUGCUUUUCUCCAGCUCAAUUUGACGGAUGCAUUGAUUGCGAACCUGGUGGCUGCAGACCGAGCUUGGCGGUGGGUUGCCAAGCCCGGGAAAGAUUCACGCGAGAUGACGGAGUAUUCCACAUACUGGAUCCGCAAUAACACUGGAAUGCCAUUACGAUACUGGGGACAAUCUUGCUGCGAACACUCCCUCGCUGCCGGCGAAGAAGAGCCUCUUCGACUUGAUGAAGAACAGAGCAAAGGUAACGGUGGGAAGCGUCGUAGGGGAGGCCGGUGCAACGGCCAAGGGCACGACCGCCAAAUCUUUAUUGCUGUCGAAGAGGAAUUCUUGGAUGGUAGUCUAUUAGGCAUUCCUAGACAAUGGAAAAGCGAAGCAUCUAUUCCAGUUGACCAAGUCGAUUCUCGCAUGUAUGCCCUAGUGGAUUCCGAAGCAGGUAUCACGGCCACUAGCAUGAGAAAGUGCGAAUGCGUAAUUGACGUGCUUGUCGAGCGCGGAUGUAAGUAUUUCGUAGUACGCUCGACCUUGAUUCUGGAGAAUCAAACUUCAUCCGACCUAGAAGUUGAGUUUGUACUUCCCGAAAGGCAUGCGUCACCACCAUCAUCGAGCACAGACAAGGCCUUGCAAGGACACACGAUGCCCAUUUGGAAUAAGGUCGUCAAAGCGUCUUCUGCCGUUCCAGUUCCGGUGCACAUCGUUUCAUCUGGUGGAGGCUACUUGAUGGUGCGCCCUCCAGCGAUCAUUGGUGCUAAUGCUGGGGAGGAUGUGCUUCCGAGAGCAUACGCCAAAGAGCGGGUACAUCUUCCUGUCUUUGAUACAAGCAUCCCUUCUGCCGAUGAAGAUAUACGUCAUGUGAAUACGAAUGAGCCCGGACAGUCCCAGUGCACGAUCAAAUUCCAACGAUUGUACAGUGAUCGGCCAGUACGUCCAUUCAUGAUGAACGCAUGUCUAUCGAGUGCGAGUAGUGUACUGUAUUACCGCACGCUCUCGUUUCACCCACCGCUGAUCGUGCAUAACCUUACUGCUGGACCACUUGACUUUUGCUUGGCGACUCCGAGCGAUUGGUUGCCUGCAGCUAAACAAGUGAUAGCACCAAACACUGCGGUGAAUGCAAGCUGGGAAAGUUGUGAGCAACGUUUGUGCGAACGAGAUACGAUUGAUGUCGCUGACUCACUUCUAUGGCAUUUGUCAAGCGAGGAGACUCCUCUAGUGCUCAGCAUCCGAAUGAAAGGGUUUGACUGGAGCGAGCCGCUUGAGCUCGAUGAAGAACUAGAUGACCUUGUGCGAAUGAAGAUGAAAGAUAUUGUGAGCGAUGCACUCCUCUACGUUACUAUCGAGAAUCGAAGAAGUAGGGGUCACUGCCGUGAAUUGUUUCUUUACGUGCCGUACUGGAUUGUAAACCUGACGAAUUUGAAACUUGAGUUUGAAUACGAGAAAGAGCGAAUGGGGCGCGAACACAGGACCACACUGCUGGCAGGGCAAACACGGCUGGACCGUGAUGAGCUUCUGUUGAAAGAAACCCAGAGGUCCAAGACUCCGCGGCAAGGUCACAAUGCUCAUCUACUGUAUCCUGUUCUGGCUGGGGAAUCCAAAUGUGCGGAUGAAUCUGAGGACCUUGGACAGCAGCACAGCUCGACCAAUUACAGAGCACCUCCUUUUUUGCGUGGCAGUGAGCGCAAAAGGCGCCGCCCUCGACUUCUUCCGAGUGUUUUACCAGUAAAAGGCUUGUUGGACUUACUCCCAACGACAAACAAGUAUGACUUACGCGAUACUGGACACGUGGAAGUUUUGCAAGCUUGCCAUUCUAACUACCGAAAAGACCGAGGUUGUGUUCGUCUCCGAGUUAGCAACGAAAGUGUUACAGCUGGCCUGGAUACCAGAAAGGAGCAUGGACACCGUAAAUGGUCCGACUAUUUCGUCUUGGAAUUGGCCGGAACAAUAGGCGAGAUUGAAGCUGAUGACUAUGAAGCGAACCAGAAAUUUAGUAUCGGGUAUUCGAUUAGUCAGGCCGAAGGCCAAUACUCACGAACGAAGGUAAUCAUGCUGACGCCACGGUUUAUGCUCAUCAACACACUGGACAUUGCCAUCGAGGUGUGCCAUUCUUCGUCCAAGACGAUGACGCCAACUAUGACUGACAUGGCUGACGGUAGUGGAUCUUCGCACAACUCGCGGGUGGCGUCUUCCAUGACUCCCGUCAUCCAGCUAGAUGCCGGAGCAUAUGCCCAUUUCCACUGGACUCUUCGAUUCGCUAAGACACGUACGAUACGGUGCCGUUUUGUCGAUGAUGGAUGGUCAUGGAGUGGGGCCGUGCCUUUGGUCGAGUCUGGCGAAUACGCUGUUCGUAUGCGUCACGAAUCUUUGCGGGACAGCAAGCUCGUACGUGUGACACUAAAGAUGGACUCGUCGUGUGUUUGCGUGUACUUUCGAGAAGAACUGACGACUGCACCGCCAUUUCGUGUCGAGAAUUACUCAUUGGAAACGCUUCGAACGCACCAACACCGCGUGCGCCGCAGCGAAAUCUUAUUACCGCACCACAGUCUGGACUAUGCAUGGGAUGAACCCACCGAGGAACGCUUGCUUGUCGUAGACAUGCUCCCCUCGGCGGCUGGCGACAAUAGUCGUCCACUGCGCAUCGGAAGUUUCGACUUGGAUAAAAUCCAGCGGUAUCCGGAUUCGCUCGGCGGUACUUUGGGAAUCGAAGUCUCUACGGACGGCCCCACCCGCGUGCUGCGGUUUACGGACACGCGUCUGCGUGGUGAAAAGACCUUGGCAAUGCGAUCUCAUAAUGCAAACGAUUUGGCAACACGGACUGAUGCAAGUGGGACAACCGGUAUGGAGUUUCUUAGACGCUUUGUGACUGCACCAAUGGUGCAUGUCGUAUUGCACCUCCAAGGUGUGGGUAUAUCAAUUGUUGACAGCGCACCCAAGGAACUGAUAUACAUGUCAAUCUCAGGCAUCACAUUGAAUGUUCUUGUCAGCGAGAAUGAUCGGGCCGACGGGAGUGCUGCGGUUGCCGGGAACGGAGCGUCGUUGUCGCGGCUUCAGAGAGAGACACGACCGCGGAUCCUAGCUUGCUGUUUUGAAGUGAGCGAUGUACAAGUUGACAACCAAUUGCAAAUGACGCCGCAUCCUGUACUGCUGCGCUUUUCCCACGUGAACGGCAGAUCACGACGGAUUAACGGGCAAGGAACAAAUAUCCCCGCGCUACAGAUAAGUCUCGUAAAGCACGACGAGUACGCUGGUAUCGAGUUCAUUCGGCAUUUGAGUGUCAAAGCUCUGCCAGUGCACAUCCGGGUGGACGGUGCUUUGCUCUAUCGAAUACUCCCUCUUCUGGUCCACGCCAAAGUUCUCGGCAGCAAUGGAAAUGCUGGAACAGCGAUUAAAAGGCAAGCUGGUGUUGUGAAUUAUGGGGAAAGUAAGAGCGGUGAAAGGAUCCGGGCUGUACAUAGUCGCUUGUUGCUUCGAGACUUAAAUGCUAGCCUGGAAGUUCCGGUUAAGGUGCUCGAGGCAGCCCAGAACGACGGCGUGGUAUCUGCAGAGUCGAACACCCGAUCAACAGCAUCCGCAACAAAAGCACUCGCACGGAGAAACAGCGUCCGGCGACAGCAGCUCCUAAGCCCACGUCACAAGCACCACACCACACCAGCCGCAGAAGUUCAUCGCUACUCGGCAUUCAAACAUGGCAGCCUGAGUGCUAUUGCUACGAAUGAUGAGCAAAAGAAGCUGUACUUCGAGGAGUUCCACAUCGAUCCCAUCCACGCUAUGGUCAGCUUUUCGUUUGGUGACAGUGCAGGCGCCAUUGUGGACGGCAACUUGUCUCCACUGCCGUAUGCAGCCGCAUCGACGGAUCCGUCAUCGGCGAGAGAGUCAUCUGUCGUCACAGUUGGCCCUCUGCGGCUUAUCCUGAGUGCUAUUGGUACUAGUUUGACUAAGGUAGCGAAUGCUCCGUUCCGACUCAAGGCGCUGCACAUCCGUAAUUCGUUUGUACAGCCCGACGCAUUGGCAACGCGGCUGGCGUCACACUAUCAGAGCGAGGCGCUCCGACAGGCUUACGUUAUUCUUGGAAGUGUCGACGUGCUGGGCAACCCGAUGAUUGCGUGGAAAAACCUUCGUGGCGGUUUCCGGGAAUUCAUUUCCGAGCCAGCGCACGGGCUCUCACAGCGAAGUCCACAAGCUUUUGCUUUCGGUGUGUGGCGCGGAUCGCUGUCGCUCGUGCGGACUUCAGUGUAUACCUUCUUGGACUUCCAUACGCGCAUUCUCAAGGCUUUUUCUCUCGGCCUUUCUGAGGCUUGUUUGAAGUUGGAUGAUUACACAGGCUACCCCGCUACGCGCCAUAUUUUCCAGGGUCUCGUGCAAGGUGUUUCGGGUAUGGUGGUGGCUCCGAUUCACUCGUUCGAAGAAAAUGGUGCACAAGGUAUUCUGCCUGGGUUAGUGGCGGGUGUGUUCGGAGUCGUGCUCAAACCAUUGCUAGGCAUCUCUUUGGCUGUAUCAACGACUGCUGCUACCCUUCGUGAUGCUGUUGACCCCAACAUCAAGGCAGUGCUUGUACACGUACGGCCGCCACGCCACAUCGAUCUUCGGACAAAGAAACUCAAGGUCUACUCGUACGUGGAAUCGCUGGGUGAAGAGAUUGUGGGCAAGAUCCGCGGUGGCCGCUACCGUGGUGAUGGGUACCUGGGCCACGUCGACUUGAAAGCUACUCACCAAUCCGUCUUGGUCACCCGCAAGCGUGUUUUGUUUCUAACUGUGAAAGAUGCAGCCUCGACGCAAACUGCCAAGUAUGAUGUCGUCUGGGAAUUGCUUGCCGAGGAGAUCGUGAUGGUGGAUUGCUCCAGGACGUCAAAUGAGCAGGCAGUCAAGAUCUAUUACAUGGAAGAUGAGUUCCGCGCGGCUGGUGGUGCUGGUCUCAAUUCCCGUGGUGCGACUGGGUCUACUGCAGUCACAUCGAACCGCCAACGAACGCUACGUGUGUCGCGCGGCAUGUUUUUGCAGAAGCACGAGGUGGCCCUACCAGAAACAAAAGUACUGUUCUUCCGUGCCAUGCUACAGCAGCAGGAGCGUUCUUUGCUCACCAAGAUGAACAGCAGCGACACAGAGGACCGCUCCUUGCAUCACUCUGUCCCUAUGCCGCCUUUGACAAGAUCAAGCUCGAUGGAGUUAGGUCCAACUUGGCAGGCUCAGUACUCGUGCAUGCCGCCGCAGUACCCCAUCUUUCGACUGCCACGGACACUGCACCAGAGUCGCAGUUCUGCAAACCUUGCGCAGGCGCUACACGCGCACAACAACUACAGCCAGCAGCGAACCCCUACGCGAACGAAGGGUGGUUUGCAUGCAACCAAGACGUAA